AUGGAGGAUAUGUUAGAAGCACAUUUCCAGUCUAUUCAGUCCAGAGCUUUGCUGCUGAUGUCUAAAUUGGCACCACAUAAUUGCUUGUGGCAAGAGGCAUAUUCAGGCCUGCUGGAUCACAUAGUUCUUCAGAGAUUGCUUGCUAUGGCAUUAUAUAUAGCACCUGAAUCAGUCAAAACACAAGUUCUCUCACUUGUUCAUAAUACCUACUUUCCUGAAAAAAGUCUGAGCACUCUCUCAAGAUCACUGUUUGAUCUUGAACCAAUGUUGCUACAGCCACAAAACGCUGAGCUAAGGCCUACCAGUUCCUUCAGGAGGCAACAAGACAUGAUUUUCCUUUUCACUCCAGCUCAGGAACAGCAUCUUAAUGACAUUGUAUCGAGGCUUGAAGAGGCACUCAAAAAUGGUCAGAUUGCUAAUGUCGAAGCAGCUGAUGCAGUGGACAUUUAUCAGUGGAAGCUGGCAGCAUUAAGAAGCUCUGAACGCAUGCUCUGUGCCAGCAUGGAAACUGCAGGGGACCACAUUACAAAGAUACAACAAAAACUAGCUAGAGCUACAGCAAGAGCAAAGCAGAAUAAGAAACUAUUAUCCAGUGCACAGCAAGAGUUGCAAUCUCUGCAUGCAGAAUGUGCAAAUACCAACAAGAAAUUGAAUGAGGCACAGUCACAGAGGCACAGUCUUGAACAUGAAUUGACGAAGGAAAAACAAUGUAAAGAAGAACUUAUUGAAGCAAUGAGAAAUAAGGAUCAUGACCUGCAGUCUGCAGAAUUACACAUAGGUGCUCUCUUGCAAAAACUGGAUUUGGUAUGCACACAACUUGAUCAAAGGGAAGCAGAACUUAAAUCAUCACAAGAUAAUUUGCAUGCUGUGAACAAUGAUUUUGUAACCUUAAGCAAACAGCUAGAAGAAAAAAGUAAAGAAAAUGACAUAUUGCAGAAGCAAAAUGAACAGCUUUGUGCUAAGAAUUCCAACUCUCUGAGCCUUGUAUCUAGACCUAGUGAUGUGCUGAUGGACACCAAAUCCCUGGCACCAGAAGUACACACUGCUGGGGCCGGUCUGUAUUGGGGAAGCAACUGGGGGCAAAACUUCGCUCUGUAUAGAGUAAUCAAUUUGUGCAUCUAG